CAAAUAUUUCCCAAUAAUUGUGUGUUAAAAUCAAAAGUGUCUAUCUAUUUGUUUUUGCUUUUUAAUGCUGAGUGUAUGUGUUGCCAAUGAAGCUUGUUUUUAGUCGGAUACUAAAAAUGAUCUCAUAUGUGGUGACAGUAUUGUCUGUACUGAUGGUGGGGUGGGUUCGCAGUGAAGACUACAUUCACCAACCAAUACAAUAUCACUCGCAGACAGACUCCGGUACUUAUAAUUACGGCUACGAUACUGGACUAUUUGGGGCCCACCAAUUUCACCAGGAACAUAAAGAUGCUGCCGGUGAGGUUAGAGGUCGGUAUGGGUAUACAGAUCCUAAUGGGAAGUUAAGGCUCGUUCACUACAAGUCAGGGCCCAAAGGCUUUGAAAUUAUCAGCGAUACUGAGAGUACCAACACUGAAAGACCCACCAUCAGUACAGACAAUACUGUCACCACAUAUGAGAUCUAA